AUGUCCCGCGGAGUCCUACUCAUGGCCCCGACCGCCCCCUUAACGACGAUCAUACUACAGGAAUGGGAUGGAAUAGCCAUGGUGCGGCAGGGACGUCACGGCCACCAUGGUAGCCCAAGUCGUCCGCGUGCUGCGUUGUGUCGUCCCAACUGGCCUCACACGCACAGUUUGUCUCAUGUCGCCUGGAUCGUGGAUUCACCCAGGGAGCAUGGGAGUUCGGAUGGCCGCCUCCGUCCAGUCUUUUCUUGCUCGGGAACACGGCCGAACGGACAUGGAGGUGCCCUGCUGCCAGCUCAUGCUACGUCGCUUCGGUAUGCGCGCAGCCGCCAUAUCUUGGAUAGGGUUGCGCUGACUGAGAGGAGGCCCUGGGGUUUGGGCCUCUUGGUUAAUGACGGCUUGAAGCGAUCCAGCCUGGGAGUUGAGUUAGAGCCCCUGGUCAAAAAGUAG